UAGUUUUUACAAAGGAGGAGGAAGAAGGUGAUGAGUUUUUCUCUAGGUCUUGAGAAGUGAGAGAAAAGAGAGAGAGUGUCCGAGGAAAAGGUCCCUUGCCAUUGACGGCCGUUUAUUCGUUCAACCCUCGCUAUGAUAAUACCCGAAUCGUGAUCGAUUGCGCGAUGUACAGGAGUAUUGUAUCUUAAAAAUGUCUCUAGUGUAGACUAGUCUAGUGCAAGCUCAAAAGUGUAAACUGAUUUCGCGCUGCUUUUGCGCCAUCCCUAGUCACAGCAGCGAAAGAGGGAAAACCCUAUAAACAUACACCUCUCAGAAUUUAACACUCUAUUCCGGUCAUUACAAAACCCUAGCUCAAAUUGAUACCGUAUAGAUUAGGUUUAAUUUCAGAACCCUAAAAACCAUCACGAGCUUACUAGUUUCGCUAAAUAGUUAAUACUGAAAUAUCUUUUACGGUUCUUAAACAUUGUGGUUUAAGUAAACAAUGACGGCAUUAACAGAGCUCGAUGAUCAGAUUGUUCGUAAUAUGUCCAUUGCAGCUGUUUUCUCAGACUUCGGCGGUAAGAUCAAUUCGGUUGAUUUUCAUCGUACCGAGGAUCUAUUGGUUACUGCUAGCGAGGAUGACUCCGUGCGGUUUUACAACAUUGCAACUGCUACAUUGUUGAAGACUACACACCAUAAGAAGCACGGUGCUGACAGGAUAUGUUUUACACAUCAUCCAAGCUCUGUUAUCUGCUCUUCGACGCACAAUUUGGAUGAAUCGCUGCGCUAUCUUUCAAUGUUUGACAAUCGAUGCCUCCGCUACUUCAAAGGGCACAAGGAGAAAGUUGUUUCUCUCUGCAUGUCUCCAAUAAACGACAGCUUCAUGUCUGGCUCACUAGAUCACAGUGUUAGGAUUUGGGAUCUCCGUGUAAACUCUUGCCAGGGAAUCCUACGCUUACGUGGUAGGCCUACUGUGGCAUACGAUCAACAAGGUCUUGUGUUUGCAGUUGCAAUGGAAGGGGGUGCUAUCAAAUUGUUUGAUUCACGUUCCUAUGAUAAGGGUCCUUUCGACACUUUCUUUGUGGGCGGUGAUACAGCUGAGGUAUCUGAUAUCAAGUUUAGCAAUGAUGGCAAGUCUAUGCUUUUGACAACGACUCACAACAACAUUUAUGUUCUUGAUGCAUAUGGUGGAGAGAAGCGAUGCGGCUUCAGUUUGGAACCAUCUCCCAAUGUAGCCAUAGAGGCAACUUUCACACCUGAUGGGCAAUAUGUUGUAUCCGGCUCUGGAGAUGGUACUUUACAUGCAUGGAGCAUCAACAUGCGAAAUGAGGUGGCAUGCUGGAAUAGCCACAUAGGUGUAGCUACUUGCUUGAAGUGGGCGCCUCGUAGAGCCAUGUUUGUAGCUGCUUCCUCGGUUCUAACGUUUUGGAUUCCUGACAACACAAAGUCUUCUCUAAACUCGGGCAACACAGGACCUGAUGCGGGAAUAUGAAACUAGAUGUAGCUCUGCUUUAUCAUGGUAUUCAUCUUCUGCUUUAUCUGGCAUGUUGGUAGUUUAAAAAAGCAGUCCCCAUUAAGCCCUCUUGUCAUGCCUGAAUCUGCUGCAAGUUUCCUGUUAUGACCUUUCCUUCCGCAAUGAUUAGCCCCCAUCAAGCUAUUCUUAACCAAAUAUACAACAACUUUAGCUGUGUUCCUUUGUUAUAACUUAUUUCUCAAUUCAGAUUAUUAAUAAUAAUACUCUAUCAGUUGCUA